AUGGCGGAACGGAGACACCCUGGUCAGUUCCUCCGAUUUUUGUGCACGCUGUACCUCCUCCUGUCCCUGGUGCUGCAGUGGGUUAUCACCUGGGUGGCACAGGUCAUCUUCAUCGUGGUCUCCUUCCCCUUCACGACAACUGAGUUCCGCCAGGACAUCUGCGGCCACAUUUUUCGCAAGGUCAGCUUUGUCGGCAUGGACCUGCUGAACCCGUUCUGGUGCAUUCAUGUCCUCAACAAGUUUCCGGAGGUGAAGAGCAAGAAGGUGAUCGUCAUGCUGAACCACCUCAGCAGUGCCGACCCGUUUGUGUCCAUCCGCUCCUUACUGCCGCGUGAUGGCACGUGGAUCGCGAAGGCCGGACUGUUCCGUGUACCGUUUGGUGGGUGGGCGAUGUACAACGCCGGCGACCUACCCGUGUACUUCCGUGACAAGGGGUCAAGCUUUGCGACGGUGGAAGGCACGGUCGGCCCAAUGAUGGAAAAGGCGCGAAUGCGUCUGCGCCGUGGCCGCAUGCUGUGUGUCUUCCCGGAGGGCGUUCGAAGCAAGAAACCCGACGGCCCACUGAACCCGUUCCGCCUGGGAUUCUUCUCUCUCGCUGUCGACGAGGGAGCCACAAUCGUACCAUUGGCAUUGAGUGGGACGGAGAAGCUAUGGCCGCGCGGGUCGGCGCUGAUGGACGCCGCGGACGCUUACUUUUCCUUUGGAAAUCCAAUCGAUGCCGGAAACUUCAAAUCGGCUGAGGAACUGUCGCGGCACGUAUGGAAUGCCAUCACGGAGGUGCGCGAGAAGCACCCGGACCGCAUUGAGCUACAUGCGCGGCAGGCGAAGGCUCAGGCGGAGCCUCCCUCUGCGCCAGUUUGUUUGGAUGGGAAGGCUCCGUGA